AUGCCAUAUACAGAUAAGCAAAUAUGCAUCCCUCCAGAACUGCCAGAACUGCUGAAACAGUUUACAAAAGCUGCUAUUCGAACCCAGCCUCCAGAUCUUCUCCAAUGGGCAUCUGAUUACUUUAGUGCUGUGGCCCGUGGUGAUUUACCUCCAGUAAGAGAGCGAUCAGAAAGGGUACCUUUGUCAAACUGGGCAGAACUCACUCCAGAGCUCUUAAAGGUCUUACACCAACGAGUGAGUGGCAGACUGAUAAUCCAUGUAGAUGAACUGGCCCACAUGUGGAAGGUGCUGAAUCUCCCAACAGAGUUAUUUGAGAGUGUUAUGAAUGUUGGUCGUUUUACCGAAGAAAUUGAAUGGCUUAAGUUUUUAGCCCUGGCAUGUAGCUCUCUUGGAGUUACUAUUGCAAAAACACUGAAGAUUAUAUGUGAGGUUUUAUCCAGCGAUUAUGACAGUGGACCUCCACGUAUUCCUUUUAGCACUUUCCAGUUUCUCUACACAUACAUUGCUGAAGUGGACGGGGAGAUUUCAGCAUCCCAUGUCAGCCGAAUGCUGAAUUACAUUGAACAGGAGGUCAUUGGACCUGAUGGCCUAAUCAAGGUGAAUGAUUUUACCCAGAAUCCACGGGUCCGACUGGAAUAGUGGCACAGCUUAUCAAGUACUUUGAUAGGAAAAUGAAGAAACGUGCUUCAAAAUAACGGUUACUAUUAGGCUUUUCACUGUCUUUUUUCUUGUUUCUAUCAAUAAACAA